CCUUCGUCUGAUUGCUAUUUUCUUUUAUUGGCAAGGACAUUUGAAUGACUUGUUUACUGUCCAAUCAGUGCAUGGUUUGAAGUCACCCUACUAGCCAAUCCCAGCGCAGGAGGGCGGCACUUGUUGGACAAACUGAUUGGGAAAAACGUCCAGUCUCUUCUCCCAUGGGCGGAGUCUAGAGUAACGUGAGGGACGCGGCAGGCACUCUAUUGAACUUCCACGCUGAAAACAACCGGAUAAUGAGUAAAACAGUCAGUUUACAAAGUUUAAAAUGUAUUAGUGAAUGAAGUUUUGAAGCUCAGUAUGGAUGCAGUCAAUGGGGAAUUAUUGCAGUGGACCUCAGACAGAGUGCGACAGUAACAAUAACUUCGAAUGUGGAUUAUUGUUCAGAGUUGCGGUAUCGACUCUGACUUCAGUCGUGUGUGCCGCUGUGAUGUGGAGAGGAUGGACACAAAGAUCUCAGCCACUCACGAUAUAAGAAACGGACAUUUAUCAUAGAAACUUUUUUUAUGCAAUUGGACAAAAAAAAAAAAACAUUUUUGACGUUGAACGGGCUUUUGAUUUUGUAAGGAAUAAUGUGGAAACCUUGCCCGUUUACACAUCACCCGGCCCUUCUACUUUACAUAGUCUUGGAAAUAUUUAUACACGGUGUCAAAGGUCUUAAUGUUUGCAUGAGCGGCAGCGCCACAUCUUGUGAAGAAUGUCUCCUCAUUCACCCAAACUGCGCCUGGUGCGCGCAAGAGGACUUUGGACAAGCUAGAACUCUCAACUCACGAUGUGACUUUAGCCAGAACUUACAGAAAAGAGGAUGUGAUGCCCCUUUCAUUGAAAAUCCCAGGAGUGGCAGCUCUCUGUUGCUGAGCAAACCUCUGAGCUCCAAAGGUUCUGGGGUGACCCAGUAUGAUGUCAUCCAGAUAUACCCUCAAAAGAUCUCUCUCAGCUUAAGGCCUGGUGACCAGACCUCAUUUGAAGUACAAGUGCGUCCUGUAGAAGACUACCCUGUUGAUUUGUACUACCUGAUGGACCUCUCGCUCUCCAUGAAGGAUGAUCUGGACACAAUCCGCAACCUAGGCACCAAACUGGCUGAGGAAAUGAGGAAGCUUACAAGUAACUUCCGCCUUGGCUUUGGCUCUUUUGUGGAUAAGAACAUCUCACCCUUCUCCUACACAGCCCCCAAGUACCAGGACAAUCCGUGCAAUGG